UAGGUUGAGCCCAUUCCCACUUUCAGGUGCUGAGUGCGCUUGGGCCUGAUCCACGAUCACUUGGUAUUUGCCUAUUUGGGGGUUUAGUCAUCCCAAGUUCCCAACUUCCCAAGCGAUAGACUACGCAGCGGCAAGACAACCGUCUACAGAUGCACGAACACAAAAAAGGAGGGAAAGAAAUGGCGGCAACUCUGAAGCUUCCCAUCGUCGACUUAUCAUCUUCAGAUCGCAUAUCAGCAGCCAAAUCGAUCCGUCAGGCAUGCGAGGACUGUGGUUUCUUUUACCUUGUGAAUCAUGGGGUUGAGGAGGAACUGCUUAAGAGAGUAUUUGCGGAGAGUAAAAAAUUCUUCUCGCUUCCUCUGGAAGAAAAGAUGAAACUCGUGCGUAAGGAACACAGAGGUUACACACCUUUUUAUGCCGAGAAACUUGAUCCUUCAUUAAAUAUUAGAGGUGAUCUGAAGGAGAGUUUCUACAUUGGCCCUAUAGAAGGCCUUGCACAAAGUCAUCUGAAUCAAUGGCCUUCGGAUGAAGCUCUGCCAUCUUGGAGACCAACUAUGGAAUUUUAUUAUGAAAAACUCCUCACUGCUGGGAAAAAGUUAAUCUCCUUGAUUGCUCUUGCUUUGAACUUGGAAGAGAAUUUCUUUGAGAAAAUUGGGGCAUUGGAUUCACCAAUGGCAUUUCUUCGCCUUUUACACUAUCCAGGUGGAAUGGAUAUUUCCAGUGAUGGAACAUAUGGUGCUUCUGCUCAUUCAGAUUAUGGGAUGAUAACUCUUCUGGCAACAGAUGGAGUCCGUGGACUUCAGAUCUGCAGAGAAAAGGAUAAUCUGCCUCAGGUAUGGGAGGAUGUUCAUCAUCUCAAUGGAGCUUUUAUUGUUAACAUUGGUGACAUGACAGAGAGAUGGACUAAUUGUUUGUUUCGUUCAACAUUGCAUCGAGUUAUGGCAACGGGAGAAGAACGCUAUUCUGCAGCCUUCUUUUUAGAUCCUAACUCUGAUUGUGUAGUUGAAUGCUUGGAAAGUUGCUGCAGUGAGAUAUUUCCCCCAAGGUUUCCUCCCAUCCGCAGUGGGGACUAUCUUAAUGAGCGUCUCAGGAUUACAUAUUCUUCAUAACAAGGUGACUUUAACAAUAUGAGGGACCUAGAAAAUCUUUACUUGGUUAGUCUGUAAAAUAAAAACGGCUUCGGUCAUCUUCUACAAUGUCUAUUAGGCAACAGUUUGAACUAAAAUUAGUCUCUGGGGCAGCUUGGUUGGAAUAUGGUACACUUUCUACUAAUGACAUGUACUUUGAACUUAUCUUUCUGUUUUCUAUGCUA